AUGGCGAGGAGCGCUGCUCUGAACCCUGCUUCCAUGCCCUUCUUUCCCGGAGGGUAUCGUGGCUCCGACGACGAACGAGGCACUGGUGCAGUCUUUGGACAACAUACCGCCCCCUCUUUCCGCGAGCAAGAUCGCAGUUCAGCUCUUUCUUUCCAGUCAGUCGCGCCUACCGAAUUCCGCUCAGUCAGGUCUUCCCCCAGUCCUGCAGAAAGUGGGAUUCAGGAACCGCGCCAUCAGUCGUCCCCGGGGCCACGCGACAUUCAGCGUCAGUCACCGACCAUUCGACAGGCCGAUGCCGGGAAACCGUAUCCAGCUGUUGAGGCGCGACUCACGAGAGAAGGCAGUAUGAUUGGGACAUUGGGCACUCUGGCGGAAAGAGAAGACACCCAAUCACCAGGGCAUAUCGAAGAAGACCAGGCCCCUGAAAGCGGUCAUAAGACACCCGGCUCAUCCUUCUACACAAUCCAGCAGCAACAACAACGGGCGCUGGACCCUGCGACAACUAACCCAUUCGGUUUCUCUACGGGCCUAGGUUCUAUCUCUGGAGUCGCGUAUACGUCGUCUUCUCCGGUAUCCUCUCAAGAUUCAAACAGUCGGAUCACAACAGCUGCAGACCUUCAGGUGCAGAAUUUCGAGGCCCAACUCAAGGCGUCACCCUUGAUCAGCGACAUUCGAGACAGACUUAUUCGAUGUGAAUAUAACACGUCCCAGAUACACCGCGAUCUGAUCAGCAUUAGCCACAAAGUCGACAUGUUAGUCGAACGCGCCCUUGCUAGCGGAGUCAACAACACCCAACCGGAAUUCAAAGACCCAUUUGCGAGUAACUCCGCACCUCUGACUGUCAAUAAGCAUCGCCCGUCUAUGGGAAAUAUCGCACCCAAUCAGGCUUCAACCUCGGAUGAUAUGUCUUCAAUUUCUCAAAGGUUGAAUGUCCUGACAUCCUCUGUCGGAACACUGCUAGCUCUUCAGAUGCAAAAUAACGCUUCUGAUGGGCGAAAUGGCUCUAUUGUGAGCUUGAACACUCCUCAAAUGGAGCUGGCACCCAAUCAAUCAUUGCCACCCGUAAAUUCGACAUCGAUGCUUGGUGUUGGCUUGCCAAAUCGCCCUGAUUUGAGGCCUGCCCCUCGCCAACCCAACCCACCCAUGCGUACUUGGUCUGCUGGCAACUUAGAACUUCCUGUACGCUCGCCCGACCAAGGUCUCGGCCGUCAAGAAGUCGCUAUUCGCGAUAAGCGUCGAUCAGUCUCGAGUUUGGCUCGACGAGACUCUUCUGGUGUAAUUGAUCCACAGGGCGAUAGUUGGGUCGGUGGCUCUCGCGAUAAUGGCCCGAUGGUGUCGAAGUGGGAUCAACUUUCUCUGGCUCCAGAGCUUCUCAUAUCUCUCGGAAAAUUCGGUGUUGGUCCACCCAACAAAAUACAACAACGCGCACUACCCUUUCUUUUACGAGGUUCUGAUAUCAUAGCGCAAGCACCGCCUACUCAAGAGCGAAUCGCAGCUUAUGUUAUACCAGCGAUCCAAGUAGCGGUAACCAAUAUGGGCACUCGUCCCCUUCGUGGACCUGUCGUUAUUUUGGUUUCUACAACUGUCGACCAAGCGACCCAAGCUCAGCGCAUGAUUCGUGAUUUAGGCGGUCCUAUUGGGGUCAAAUCUGCUUUAGGAGUGGGUGCCGCCUCUCCAGGGGCCGACCUCACCCAAGAACUCCGAUCAUUGCAGCAGAAUAUGCCUCACAUUAUUUGCGGCACCCCUCAGAAACUCCACGCUCUGUUUACAUCUCCUGGUGGGCUUGUCGGAUCCGAAGUCCGCUUCCUUGUCCUCGAUGAAGUCGACCAGCUAAUCGCUCGUAACCUCCAUGAAUUUGUCUUCAACAUUGUAAAAUUACUCCCUCCUCCUCGCUCUCGGCCAUUAUCCAUGAAUACACCCACUGUAACUACAGCACCUGCUUUACCCGCGCCAGUGUCUCAGACUACUUUUACUUCACCAUUCGAACCAGGCAAUCCAGUGAUACCCCCAUUCCCAGUCCAGGCUUCGAAUUCUGGCCGAAGGUUUUCUGCUGCAGUUCCAUCGCCAAAUCCGUCUGAAGGCGCUUCAACAGCUGUUCCUCAACCCAUUGAACGGCAAACAGCACUAUUCUCCAACACGGUUCCUCAGGACGUCCUAAAUCUUGCUACCGCUAUACAACUGCGAGAGCCAGUUCGAGUCCUCGUUCGCCGCGAUGGUAAUGUCGUGAAUCCUGAAACCAGCCAAGGUUCUCGUGGUCUGCGCCAAUUUUACCUUUACCUGGCAUUUACCGCUGGUGGAAGAUCUGACCCAAUGGCUUCUACAGCUGGAGGAGGACUUGGAAUCAUUGGAUCCGGAAGAAGUGCAUCAAGCGCCGAAACCACACAAGCUCGUGAAUGGAAACUUGACGCACUUGCAGACAUCUUUGAUGACGUCGAAGUUAAUCAGGCCAUUGUUUAUGUUGGCGGUAUGACGGCCCUGGACUCUGUGGUGUACAAGCUGGCAAGUCGAGGAUUGGAAGCCAUUCCACUUCAUGGCGACAUGAAUGCUCCUACGCGUGCCACGGCUUUGAACAAGUUUAGAAAUUCUUCCUCUGUUAUUAUGCGGCAACCAAACACGAAAGUAUUGGUUGUGUAUGACAUCCAAUUGAAGAACAAUGAAGUUCCGCAUGUUCCUCUGGUCAUCAAUUAUGAUCUACCAAAAGCUGUGGAAGAAUAUUCCAACCGGGUUUCUUCUGCAAUUGCUUCUGCGUAUUCUCGCGCUGGGGUCGUGGUCAAUUUCGUUACAGCCACUGGCGGAGAUGUUGAAAUGUUACGAUCUAUAGAAUGUUAUUACAAAAUCAAAUGCCCUGAAGUCCCGAUGAAUCUCCGUGACAUUCUCUGA